CAGCAAAAGAACAAACAAACAAUCUUUAUACACACAAUUCACAUAAGCAUUUUCAAUACAAAACACUACGAAGAGAAGAGUCUCAAAACCGUUACAUAUGAGCACGGAUUGGGGACCAGUGAUUGUAGCGGUGUCACUCUUCAUCCUACUCUCACCAGGACUACUCUUCCAGCUUCCUGCGAGGACUAGAGUGGUUGAAUUUGGAAACAUGACCACAAGCGGUAUAGCUAUUUUGAUUCACGCAUUUAUAUACUUUUGUAUACUCACAAUCUUGGUGAUUGCUAUACAAAUUCACAUCCAUUUCUAAAUUUCCAAUGUAUGUACAAAUCUGUAGUCUUUCUACAACAUUUCUCCUCUUCCUUUAGCUUCAACUGUUCGCUACUGCUAAUAAAAAGUUGUAAUUUUUAACAAAAGCUAAGCAAAUAAAAACACAUUUCAGUAAAAGUAACAAACUAAUACAUUUGAGUAACGAUACAUCACAAUACAAACACAACCCUUUUCACCAAAUCUGUUUUGUUACAACAACUAUGAAAGAAAAAAAAAAAAAAAAAAA